UCGCAGAAAGAGCACCUAGACGACAGCUCUCUUAAAGACAUUUGGUCCCACACCAGAACUCCCGUUAUCUCAUCUCCUACUCCACACCGAUCAGACCCUCUGGAGAUGUCGACUUCAACGACCCCAGAAAUUACCCGAUAUGGUAAUCUAGCUGAGCUCUGACUUAGCGUCGCACCAAGCUCCCUUGGCAUUAUCUAUUGCCUAGAGGGGAAUUUUUCCCUGUCAGUUGAUGUCAGUCUAUGGCAGUUUCGCGUGCCAUCAGCGACGUGGCGCGAUGCAUAAAUACCCCUUCGUUGCUCGGCCUAGCAUAGAGGUCCUGACUUCGAUGUUUUCCGUGCUACGAUAAGCUUGCGCCUGGCUUUUCUGCGUUGACUCGGUAGAGGCACUUUACGUCACUGAUUGAGAUUGGCUUCCAUUCUUCAGCAUGACUCAAGACCUUCAUCGCUCGCCGACCAUCGGCUCUGGACGAGGCCAGGUCGAUCCGUUAGAGCUGCCCUACGGCACGGUGGCGGACGGCGCCAACCUCGACGAGUUUGUCACCGAGACGAAGUCCGGAAAUAUCGUCAAGCCGGUCAAGUCUAACGUCACUGGCAAGGAGGAAGACUACAACCUGGUCACCUUUACGAUUGAUGAUCCCGAUAACCCGAAGAACUGGUCCAAGGCCUACAAAUGGUGGUGCACUAUCGUCGUUGCGUUCACCUGCUUUGUCGUGGCCUUUGCUAGUAGUGUCAUCACGGCGGACCUGGAGGGCGUGGGCUCGGACUUCAAUGUUUCUCGUGAGGUGACUAUGCUGCCGAUCACGGUUUUCGUGGUGGGAUUCGGUGUUGGACCCAUGUUGUUCGCUCCUCUGUCAGAAGUCGUUGGUCGCAGACCCAUCUAUGCAAUUACCCUCCUGCUGGCCGUUAUCUUCGUCAUCCCUUGCGCGGUCGCCCAGAAUAUCGGCACGCUGAUCGUAUGUCGUGCGAUCGACGGAAUCGCCUUCAGUGCUCCCAUGACGCUCGUGGGCGGCACACUGGCCGAUCUGUGGAAGAAUGAGGAACGAGGUGUGCCCAUGGCAACCUUCAGUGCGGCUCCUUUCUUGGGUCCGGCGAUCGGUCCUCUGGUAGGUGGGUUUCUCGGAGAUGCCAAAGGCUGGCGAUGGCUGUACUGGAUCCAACUUAUCCUUUCUGGGGCGGCGUGGUUCUUGAUCACCUUCACCGUGAAAGAGACGUAUGCCCCGUCGAUCUUGAAGAAGAGGGCGCAGAAGCUUCGCAAGGCCGAGAAGAGCGAUAAGUAUGUUACUGAACAGGAGCUGGAUCCACGUCCGCUUCUGGAGAGACUGCGUAUUUUCAUUGCCCGGCCGUUCCAGCUUCUUUUCUUGGAGCCGAUCGUGAUGUUUAUUUCGCUGUAUAUGUCUGUUCUAUACGGUCUUCUGUACAUGUUUUUCGUUGCGUAUCCGAUCGUAUAUCAAGCCGGAAAAGGCUGGAGCGCAAGCAAGACGGGGUUGAUGUUCAUUCCAUUGGCAGUCGGAGUUGUCCUCAGCGCCGCGUGCUCUCCCUUCGUCAAUCGGCAUUACUUGAAGUUGUGCAACCAGUUCAACGGGAAGCCUCCGGCCGAGAAACGCCUCAUUCCCAUGAUGUUUUCGUGCUGGUGCAUCCCCGUGGGACUGUUCAUUUUCGCGUGGUCCUCUUAUCCUCGCGUGCAUUGGCUGGGUCCCGCCAUGGGUGGAUUUCCGAUCGGAUAUGGAUUUAUUUUCUUGUAUAAUUCGGCCAACAACUACCUGGUGGACACCUACCAACACCAAGCAGCGUCGGCCCUGGCCGCUAAGACCUUUAUCCGGUCGAUUUGGGGGGCGGCCACUGUGCUGUUUACGGAGCAGAUGUACGAUCGGCUGGGGUACCAGUGGGCCAGUACGUUGCUUGCAUUCAUCGCGUUGGCCUGCUGCGCUAUUCCGUAUGUGUUUUACUUCAAGGGCGAGGCGAUCCGGCGGUACUCUAAGUUUGCCUUUAGCGAGGACGAGGAG